AUGUCGCCCUUAAUUUCACAGCAAACGCAGCACCACAUCCGCGCCUCUGGCAGAGUGCGAGCGACUGUGCCGCCACGGCGUCCAUUAGCGGCGGGGCCGCUCCAGCUCAUCCGGCAUUCACACAAGGCGCCGCGCGACGCGACGCAACACGGGUGCUCUGAGAGCGACCCGGCGGCUGUCCCUGCCAAAGGCCUCGCUGCCCACACACACUCUACACCAGACACACAGGUGUGGUCGUGGCUGUGGCUGUGGCUGGCGGCGGGCGGCCGGUGCUGGGAGCAGCCGCGGCUGCCGCCCACGCCCGCGGGGGCGGAGGUGCUGAUGGCGACGCUGGGCGGCACGCGGUCCCACACGGCGCCCUUCCUGGCGCUGGGCCGGCAGCUGGCGCGCAGGGGCCACCGCGUCACGUUGCUGAGCGCCUUCCCGCCGCCGCCCGGGCAGGAGACGCCGGGCGUGCGACAGCUGAACCCGGAGCCGCUGGUGCGCUACGUGUCGGAGCUGACACGCGGCUGGGACCUGCUGGGGGCGCGCGCCAGGGGCGAGCAGCCCGUGCCGCCCUGGGAGGCCGUGCGCUUCGGCCUGCAGUGUCUGCCAGUUCGUCCCGUGCCCGACGGCGCGCGCAGCUCGCAGGCGCCGCCCCUGGCCACCGGGUGCCCCCGUGCGAGCAGCCGCCGCAGCUCCGCCGCAGCGCCGGCGCCACGACACGGCGUCCAGAGUGCUGGCCGCUCCGGCACACAGCACCGCCUCUCAAGUCGAUGGAAAAGUUUUGAAACGAUAAGUCAAGAUGACUGGAGUGCAUACUGCCUCCAUGUGGAGAAACUUGAAAGAGAAUAUUGGGUUAAGGAUGGGGUUAUGGAAGACAUAAUAGACGCUAUAGUUAUUAAUUUAGAAAGUGAUGACGACGACGACGACGACAUUCUGUCAGGUGAACUGCACGGGCGUGCCCUGUGUGCGGCGGGACGCUGGUCCACAUCUGUGUGGCGCCACCUGCUGCAGUCGUCGCUGGUGCCGGUGGGCACUGAACCUCGGACCUUCUGGCGGCGGCCGGCGCUGGCGCUGCUGGACGGCGCCUUCCCCGACUGCCUGCUGGCGCUGGCGCACCGCCUGGGAGCGCCGCACGCCCUCCUCAACACGGUGGCGGCGCACCCGGGGGCGGCCAGCUGGGCCGCCGCCAGCCCCGCGCCCUUCAGCGUCACGCCCUUCAUGGGCCUGCCCUACACCGACCGCAUGGCCCUGCCGCAGCGCCUGCUCAACGCCGCCUACCACGUCGCCCUCAGGGCCAUGCAGGUCCUCAGCACCAAGCUGCUGCUGGAGCCGUGCGUGCGUCGCCACCUGGGUCCUGACGUGCCGCCCAUCAGCUGGCUGGCGCGUAACACCAGCUUCGUGCUCCAGAACGCGCUCAGCCCCACUACUCUGCCGCGCGCCUACUUCCCGGACGUCGCCGAGGUGGGCUGCCUGCACUGUCGGCCAGCCAAGCCGCUGCCCCAGGACCUGGAGGAGUUCGUGAGCGGGUCGCCGUCUGGCUUCGUGCUGGUGAGCAUGGGCUCCGGCGUCAGGGCUGCCAACAUGCCGGCGGAGCUGCACCGGCUGCUGAUGACCGCCUUCGGCAGCCUGCCGUACCGCGUGCUGUGGAAGCACGAGGCCGGCCCGGGCGGCGAGGGGGUGCCGCAGGUGCCGGGGAACGUGAUGCUGAGGCGCUGGCUGCCGCAGCAGGACCUGCUGGGGCACCCGCGGCUGCGCGCCUUCGUGGGCCACGGCGGGCUGCUCAGUGUGCUGGAGGCGGGCUUCCACGGCGCGCCGCUGCUGGCGCUGCCCGUCUUCUGCGACCACGACGCCAACGCGGCGGCCGCCCGGCGCGCCGGCUUCGCGCGCGUCCUCCAGCUCCAGGGGCUGACCGCCCCCGCACUCGCCGCCGCCGUCCGCGCCGUCGCCACAGACCCCAGGUACCGGGAGGCUGCUUACCGUCAGUCAGUGCUCAUCCGGGACCAGCCGACACCCCCACUGGAGACGGCCGUCUUCUGGACGGAGUACCUGCUGCGCCACAAGGGCGACACGAGGCACCUGCAGUCCGCCGCCAGGGACAUGGCCUGGUGGCAGCUCUACUGCCUCGACCUCGCCCUGCUCGUGCUGGGCCUCCCUGUCCUCCUGUGGGUUGCUCUUUCUAGGCUCUGCCACUUGCUGCUUCACUCCAGGCACGCACUGGCCAAGAAGCUCAAGGCUCACUAG